CCCGCCCCGGCAGCAGCAGCAGCAGCAGCGGUGGUGCAGCAGCAGGAGCUCCAGCAGUAGCAGCAGCAGUAGCAGCAGCAGGAGCUCCAGCCCCCGCCGGCAGCCUCCAUGGCUCUCUGCAACGGAGACUCCAAGCUGGAAAACACUGGCGGAGACCUGAAGGAUGGCCGCCAUCACUACGAAGGAGCUGUCGUCAUUUUGGAUGCUGGAGCGCAGUAUGGAAAAGUCAUAGACCGAAGAGUCAGAGAGCUGUUUGUGCAGUCUGAGAUCUUCCCCUUGGAAACCCCAGCUUUUGCCAUCAAGGAGCAAGGAUUCCGAGCUAUCAUCAUCUCUGGAGGGCCAAAUUCUGUUUAUGCAGAAGAUGCUCCCUGGUUUGACCCUGCCAUAUUUACCAUUGGGAAGCCAGUCCUUGGAAUUUGCUAUGGCAUGCAGAUGAUGAAUAAGGUGUUUGGAGGAACUGUGCACAAAAAAAAUGUUAGAGAAGAUGGAGUUUUCAACAUCAAUCUGGAUAACACAUGUUCAUUGUUCAGAGGCCUUCAGAAAGAAGAGAUUGUGUUGCUUACACAUGGAGACAGUGUAGACAAGGUGGCCGAUGGAUUCAAGGUGGUGGCCCAGUCUGGGAAUAUUAUAGCCGGAAUAGCAAACGAAUCCAAAAAACUCUACGGAGCACUUCACCCUGAAGUUGGUCUAACCAAAAAUGGGAAAGUGAUCCUGAAGAAUUUUCUCUAUGAUAUCGCUGGGUGCAGCGGGACCUUCACAGUGCAGAACAGAGAGCUCGAGUGUAUUCGAGAGAUCAAAGAGCGAGCCGGCACUUCUAAAGUUUUGGUUUUGCUCAGUGGUGGAGUUGACUCGACAGUCUGUACUGCUCUGAACCGGGCUCUGAACCAAGAUCAAGUCAUUGCGGUGCAUAUCGACAAUGGCUUCAUGAGAAAGAGGGAGUCUGUGGAAGAGGCACUCAAAAAGCUAGGAAUUCGCGUCAAAGUGGUAAACGCAGCCCAUUCUUUCUACAAUGGCACAACAACCCUGCCCAUCUCAGACGAAGACAGAACUCCGAAAAGGAUUAGCAAGACUUUGAACAUGACCACAAGCCCUGAGGAAAAAAGAAAAAUCAUUGGAGACACCUUCGUGAAGAUUGCCAAUGAAGUAAUUGGAGAAAUGAACCUGAAACCCGAGGAAGUCUUCCUUGCUCAAGGAACUCUGAGACCAGAUCUAAUUGAAAGUGCUUCCCUGGUUGCAAGUGGCAAGGCCGAGGUCAUCAAAACUCAUCACAAUGACACAGAGCUCAUCAGAAAGUUGAGAGAAGAGGGCAAAGUAAUAGAACCGCUCAAAGACUUUCACAAAGACGAAGUGCGAGUUUUAGGCCGAGAACUUGGUUUGCCAGAAGACCUGGUGUCCAGGCAUCCAUUUCCAGGUCCCGGCCUGGCAAUUAGAGUCAUAUGUGCUGAAGAGCCUUAUGUUUGCAAAGAUUUUCCUGAAACCAACAACAUUUUGAAAAUAGUAGCUGACUUUUCUGCAAGUGUUAAAAAGCCACACACGUUAUUGCAGAGGGUCAAAGCUUGCACGACUGAGGAGGAUCAGGAAAAGUUGAUGCAGAUCACAAGCCUACAUUCACUGAAUGCCUUCUUGCUGCCAAUCAAAACUGUGGGAGUGCAGGGUGACUGUCGUUCAUAUAGCUAUGUAUGUGGAAUUUCCAGUAAAGAUGAUCCAGACUGGGAGUCUCUUAUGUUCCUGGCCAGGCUCAUUCCACGCAUGUGUCACAACAUUAACAGAGUUGUCUAUGUAUUUGGUCCUCCAGUGAAGGAACCGCCCACAGAUGUUACUCCCACUUUCUUGACGACAGGAGUGCUCAGCACUUUACGUCAAGCGGAUUUUGAGGCUCAUAGCAUUCUCAGGGAGUCUGGUUAUGCUGGGAAAAUCAGUCAGAUGCCAGUGAUCUUGACCCCACUGCAUUUUGACCGGGACCCGCUUCAGAAGCAGCCGUCCUGUCAGAGAUCCGUGGUCAUUCGAACCUUCAUUACUAGUGACUUCAUGACUGGCAUUGCAGCAACACCUGGAAAUGAGAUCCCUGUAGAGGUGGUGUUGAAGAUGGUCACCGAGAUUAAGAAGAUUCCUGGCAUUUCUCGGGUUAUGUACGAUUUGACAUCCAAGCCUCCAGGAACUACUGAGUGGGAGUAAUAAACUUUUUUCUAAUAAUUGAAGUACUGUGUGCAGUAUGAAUUUAUCCGAAACCAUUCCCAGUGUUGACAUGCAGUACUGUGAAAAGAAUGACUGGAGCUGCUACAUCACAUCUGAUUCCUCUCCAGGAGCAUAAAUCUACAGUUCCGAGCUGUGUUGGGGUAACUGCAAAUUUGGGCUGAGAAUUUGUACGGGUAAAUAUUCAAGGCACCCUUGUUUUUGUGCUCAGACAGUUUCAUAUUGCUUAUGCCUUUAUUUUAAUAAUGCUCUCUGUUCGCGUGUGUUUUAUCGUUGCUCUCAUUUCAGUGUCUUUGUGUUCUUUCAAGGUGAUAUUGUCACGGGAUGCUUUCAUGUGAUGGGGGUAGGGAGGAGGGCGAGGAGGAGAGACGCGCGCAUGGCUUCACAAGUCUCCAAAGGUGGUUGGAGGCACCAGUGUGUGCCGCCAGGGUAUGGAAAACCCAGGUUUCUGGUCUGUAACCCCCGUUUCUCCCAAGGUGAUUUCCAGGGAGGUGAGUCCAGCGACCUUGGAGCUGUAGAGGCUGGCACUUGCUCGGGAUGGAAAAGUCUGUGGGAUUUCUCACAGUCUCAAGUAUUUUCUUGGCUCGCUCCGUAGAGGGCACCUUAGCAGUCAUGGUCAGAAGUCAAAGCAGUGAAAUGUCUUUCGUCUAUUCAAGAAGAAGACCCUCUCUCAUUUCUGUUCCUUAUUUGCCAAGGUCUCAUUCUUGCCAUCUUCUCCACUUAGACUAAAGGAGGUAAUAAGGAAUUUUUGCCUUCUGGGAAAUUUUUCCCUUCCUCCUUAUCUAGCUUCCAUCUCGGUGAGUCUGAGGAGGAAGAAUGCGUUGUCCCACUUUCCUCCAGAAAACAGGCUUUGUUUUUCCCAGCCAAAGGAGGGGCACUCUUUCUUUUCCUGCCCUCUUAAACUCCAGAAAAGACCUUGCUUCUGUCUAGAGGCUGACUUCUCUAUGCUGAUGCCUCCUUGCAGAAAGAAGGAGGAUUAGGAGAAUUAGUUUGUUUGGUUUGUGGAACAUGGGAGUGACUCUUGGAGCUCAGAGAUUUCCAGACCUUCCCUGACCCCUAGCACGUGCAGCAUGUAGGUGCUUAGAGAAGAAACGUAUAAAUCCAGGCUGUAUAUGUGUUACUCCAGUUGCCCCUUCACCGUGGUGUCCUUUGUCUAAUGGGAGGUCUUGGAAAUUCUGUUGCCACCUAGUUACCAUGUCAACCCUUACUGAGGUGACAAUUCAAACCCCUCCACAGAAACCUUUCCAAUUCUGGAUCCUUCCUCCCAGCUCACUUUCCAUGAGUCCCUUAGGACUACACAAAUGUAAAAACCUUACCCACCCCUGCAAACCUACCACUGAUAAACUCUUAGGGUUAUCAGUGGAGGGCAUUUAGUCAUCCUCUAACACCUCUUGCUCAUCUCUUGUUCUCCUUCCCUCUCUCUCCAGAUGCUCCUAUCCACCCAAAGGGAGAUUAAGGGGAGUCCAAUGGGAGACAGGGAUUGUGCCCAACUGGAUCAUACCAUGUGUACCCCAGUGCUUAGUACAGUGCUUGCAUAUAGUAAGUACUUAGCAAAUGCCACCAUUAUCAUUGUCAUUAUUGUUGUUAUUAUUUUAUUCCUGGCUCUUUAACAUUAUCAGGUGAAAAUGCCAAAGCAUUUUAAAGCCUUAGCUGGGCCAACCCCUUUCAGAAAACAGGUAGUGCAGCUCAAUACGAGAGGCCUGGCCGAGCACCUUCUCUCUGCCAGUUUUAGGGACAGUGUGCAAUGCUUCUUCAGGUGAGGCUGGUACAGUGUUCUACCCACUCUGAGAAUUAGCCAAAAUGGCCAAGGAGCUGGAGCAAGUUGUUUCCACGCACUGUCUCUUAGGUACUUGUGGAGAGAUACAGUCUUCUCACAAAACCUGUGUCUUUGAUGAAGAACAGUAGCUGAUUAGCUGUGUGUUCUCAGUCUGGAAGAUUUUAACUCACUCAUAGAGUUGCACCACAAAUACCCACAUUUCUGAUAAGAUGGGGCCACUUUUCCAACUUGAGGCAUUGACUUUUGGGCUGAUUUUCUUAUUCCAUGUUUUAGCACAGGUCUUUAAGGUGCCUCUUUGCUAUAAAGCGGGUCUCCUUUCCCUACUGAAAGUGAUCAAACCAGCACUCUAGUUAGGUUUAGCAAUUCAGUGAGUAUCACCAAAAACCUGCCCCCAACCCUAUAGGAUUCAUAGUGAAUCUUUAAAGCCAUAUGCCGAUCUUCUGUUAUCAGUUAGAAUACACAUGGAAGUGGCCUCAUCACAUUCUCUGAGUCUAGGAUCUGCCAAUAAGAAUGGCGAUAAAAGGAACAUCACCAUAUCUGGGCCACAUGAUGGUCCCAUAACUGCCUCUUUCUCUACGUGAAAUGGUCCAGGGGACCAUUAGGCAAGUAAGGGUUUUCCCAUUUUGAGUGAUCAGCAACUUCUGAAAUUCACCAUCUUGGUAUAUGUUCAAGAGCUUCUAAUUUCUUCAUCAGGUAGCAGUGACCCUUGUCUCUGUUAGUUUUGUACAGCUCCCUUGAUGAGUGGGCAAUUUGGUCCCAGACUCUUCAUGAAAGGGCCUUGCCCAUAGAUGAAUUAGAAAUGAGAACAGUGUGGCCUAUAGUGAAAGAAUUCAAGGACUUCCCAAAUCAAAACACCACCCUGUUGCUCAUAAGAAAUAAAACAAAUUCCCAAUUCCAAUUCUAGCCAAACAAAUUUUCUGUGUCACUGGAAUUCCAUUCCGCAUGCCUUGGGGGUGAAGACAUUUGCUCCUGACUCAAGUCACUUCUACUUAGCAGUGUGGGGUGCGUGGAUACAACCCACACUCCCUCCCUGAAUCUAAAGAUAACAAAUAAGGUCUCAAUACAGACGAGGCAACUUGGACACAGUCUUUUGUGAGCACAUAAAACGCCAAAGCCUUCAAAACAUUGCAUAGGCAUUGAUAAAGACCCUGUGGCAGCACAUUUUCUCCUUGAGGUUGUGCCAUGCAUUUCCCUGCAUCCUUUUCUCCCACUCUUCCAUAUCUGGAGUGAAAGAGGAUGUAUUGUUUUCCCUUUCUUUAAGGUAGGUGUGACUCCAACUCAUAUAAUAGCAGGCAGGCCCUACCUAGUUAGGGGCCCAAACUCAUUAGGAGCACAUUCUGAAUUCCAAGAGGGCCUUAACCCUCAAGUGGACCAGGCAAAACUAACAUCCAAUUAGUUGUCAGUGGGCGGGCUUACCCCUCCGAUGUUGGGACUAGGGCUCAUUCACCAAGGCCGCCACAUCCACUAAGAAGUAAUCCAAUCAUUGGGGUUCACAGAGCAGCCUUGAGGUCCUCGUGACAGACGUUUAGUCCUGUCACCAUCUUGCCACCAUGAAGCCAAGGUGAAGACUUGUCAACAGCAGUACAAUAUCUCUUCCAUAAAGACUUCAUCCACGCUCUUCGACAAUCCCCUCUCCAGUCUGCAGUGUUCGCACCUCCACCUGAUAGGGACGAUGGUAAAAGAUUUAAGUUUGGCAGCGAUUAGAAACCAAUUUCACUGGGCUACCAUUCUCUAGUUGUCAAAUCUAUCACUCAUCUAGGGUCACCUGGUGUGGAUGUAUUCCCUCCCUGGUCAAUUAAGGGUCACCUAUCAGUAGGUUUUUCUAAAGGUAUGUUAGCCUCAGCAGGUAAUCCAAAUUCUCACUGGAGGUACACUGAGCCUUCCUUUCUCUGUAGGCUGGGAUCAUGGUGCUAGCCGAAUCUGCAGACUAUCCCCCCUAGAUCACAAGCUCCUCGAAGGCCAGGAGUGUGUGUUUUACUUCUACGGCAUGAUCUCCAAGCACCUAAGGUAGAGCUCUGCAUUGAAGGCAUUGAAGAAAUAUCAGUGGUGAUAUCUGUUCCAGUCAAGUUGUAGAGAUCAGACAGCCUAAUUGCAGAGAUGUGCUUUAGAAGUAGAAUUAUCAAAGUGAAGGGAAUCCCAUCGAAUUCUGGGAGUUUUGCUAACCUGAGCAGCCCAAAGUUCCGUAAACACCUGCAUGGGACUUUGACUCGAAAUAUACACUUACAGAGAACUCAGGUUACAGGUACGUAACCCACUUUUUUUUUUUGUAUACUGUGUAAAAAGAGGCAGUUUAUUUACCAAAACCAUUGUUACAACUAAUAAUGUAAAAUGAAAAAUUAAUGUGACCAACUGCUUUUGAACAGAUUUAUUAUAAAUAAAUAUUUUGCCAAAUGGAGUAGUAGAUAGUGUUGAGUUGUGGAAUUAAUGUGUACAUUUGUUUGCUGUGUGGUGUUAAGCCCGUUCCAUAUUGUUCAAAGUAUUAGCCCUUGGCAAUAAGGUUGAAAUCAAAAUAGCUUCUUUGCUAAACUAAUGUGAAAUGACCUUUCCCCCUUUCUCUCUCUCCUUUCAAUGUCCGUGGUAUAAUGAGAGGAAGUGAGAAGGGUCAUAGGCAAAAGAAGGGUUAUAGUGAUAGGGUGGUUUGCAACCCUUACAUGUCCUGGGUGGUAUAGUAUCAAUACUGAGCCUAAAACCUGAGUAGCGUUUUACCAAUCAGUAAUGAGGGAUGUCUUCUCUCUUCAGAAGAAAUCUUCAAAAUGUCUGCAACACUUCUCCAGGUGCGUUGCAUAUUUUGUUUCCCUUUGGGCAGUCGUAGUUUCUCUGUGAUUUGUCUCUUCUCAAGAAACGCCUGUACAUUUUAAGUCUGAUUUAAAGGGGGUCGGUUCUCUCUUGUGGCAGGAUUGAUUUGGCCUGUGAAUAUACAGCGUUACCAUAGCCUGUUGUGAAUAAUACCCAGAAAGGAGAAUCCCCAAGUUACUAUACAUCUCUGGUAUGUUUUUUUUGAGGCCAAAGGCCUCGUGCCUUCGACUACCUGAGAAGUUUGGGUAUUUGCUAUCAUGUCCUUUUUUCAGCAUUAUUGUUUUAGACCUCUCAGAUCAAGCCGUUCCCCUGAAUGUCCACAGAAUCAAAAACAUGCGUUAUCCUCAGAUGUUUUUCCCUUGAAACCCAUUUUCUAAAAAGCCAUAUGUCAUCCUGAAACUGGGAACUUGAUUUUUAGUACCUGACAGUGAAAUUUAGUUAAUUCUGUUGAUUAUUUACAGUAUUAGGACAGUCAGCUAGGAGUAACCACCUUAACCACACUGGGUAUUUUUUUAGUGCUGGAAUAAUGAAGCAAAGUUGGCCUUUUCAAUUUUUACUACCUUUAUAUAUGCAGAAGUUUCUUUGUGUGUGUGUGGGUGAGGGGUGGCUACCUUGGCCAAUUAACCUAGAGGGUGUUCUAAAAUCAACUCAUCUCCCCUCAGAACUAAAUUUUAUGUAUUUGCAGAAAAUGUCCAUUAAAAUAAGGAAAAACUUAAUGUCCCAUAGCUGUUGUACCUUUGUGAAAUCAUCCAAUACAUACAGAUAUUCACAACAUACAUAGUAAUACCUGAAAUAUAAUUUUUAAACUCAAAAUGACAAAAAUGUAUUCAGUGAAAAGCAAGAAAAUUCCAUCUUUUGGCUCUUCCGGAAAACAAGUUGUUUUGUCCUAGCAGGUUGAAAUGUCACCAGACAACUCCCCCCACAGGAAAUCAAAUAUAUCCUAAUAUGGUGCUUACCUCUUUGAUGAACUAUGAAUUGAUUAUCAUAACUAUACUGAGGAAAAGUAGUAUUUUUUUUGUAUUUGCAUUGAACUAGUAGUAUGCAGAUGGAAUUAACUCAAAAAGGAAAUAAGUAUUUUCCAUUUGGCAUGUCACUGAGAAAUACUUUAGAGGAAAGGAAGUGUAGACCAUUUUACUUGAUUAUUACUGACGCUCCUGUUUCAGACAGAGUGGAGUUGAGAUGGUCAUGCUUGAUGCAAGUUACUGAAGGGAGAAUAAAAAAAAUCCAUCAUUGAAGUAGAAAUGUUUUCUAACUUUAAAAAUUUUUACUUUAGUCAAAACGAGCGUAAUAUUCAAUCAUAUUUAUUGAGCGCUUACUGUGUGCAGAGCACUGUACUAAGCAUUUGAAUAUAGAAACAAUUGUCUCUGCAUGUUUGUCCUCAGUAUAGUGAAGUCCUAACUUCUAAUUUGUAUUGUCUGCAGUGAAUUGAGCAUCGAGAGAAUUGCAUUUUCCUGGUUUGGACAUAUAUAUAUAUAUAUAUAUAUAAGCAGUUGGAUUAUUUGCCAAGACUUGAUAUUGAAGUAUCUCAAAUUAUCUUUGUAGGAGUUGUUCAAGCAAACAUAUCAUAUGGUAUGUGUAUAUCAAAGUUUGAUGUAUACAUUCAUUGGCCUUUGAUUGAAUUCUGUUAGGUUGACAAUAUUUCUUAACAUUAUAACGAGCCCUUGCUUUUUAGAAAAAGCUCUACUAGAGCAGUGAGUGUUUUAACAUAUGGUGUAGAACAAGCAGAAUAGCCCGUGUACAUAAUUAUUUUAUUUCAAGUGUAUAAAACAGAGGGGGAAGGAGUCAGCAACUUGCAUAGUGUGCAUUUAGGGAAAUGCUGGGUACUUUUGAAACUCAUAGGUGAGGAACCGCCUGAUGCAAUCCCAGACUACCUUGAAUGUAUUUUAUGAGCGCAGUGAGAAAACACUUUUCACUUUCUUUUUGAAAUUCAUUUACCUUUUAGCCUAUUAAAGGAGCAUAAUUGACCUGUACAAUAUGUUCACCUUCAGUCUUUAGAUAUUUGUCAACAUUACUGAAAAAAAAAUUGUAUUGGGGUAUUUUCCCCCAAUUUUCAAUUUUUUUUUAUUUUUUCCUGCUUGUGAAACAAUAUAAAAGUACUGUGAGCCUUAAUUUUUAUCCACAAAUUUUAAAAAUUAAAUUAUGUUAUCAGAACUAA